ACUGGGCCGCCACUAUCUCCUUGCUCGAAGAGGACCCUCCACAAAGCUACUAUCAACUCAUGGGAAUACCAACGGCCAUCUGUGAUUCGAAGUCAGCCUUCCAAAUUGCGAAGCUGGCUAAUCAACUGCGUGAUCCACGUGGCGUGCUGCAGGUAAGCAGAGCCCCACCAUACGAGACCCAAACUCUCCAAUCGAGCUCGUGAUACCUACACAAGACUGUCGCCGGAUUCCCCUGUUCCAGACUACAUGGAGUUCGUUGCGAGUGUCAUCGCAGUCCUCCAACUAAUGAGCAAAAUCAGCAGUGUCUGCUACGGCCUGUACAGGAGCUAUGGCACGCGCAGAGACCUGGAUGACGUUGUCGACGAAGUCGAUGCUCUCCGCCGCGUUCUUCAGCCCCUAGAAAGAAUUACCAAGUCGAGCCCGGAGUAUUCUGCAAUGUGUUCGGAUGCGUUGCUGCUGGUUCCACUCACAAGAUGUACAGAGGAGCUUCGGUGUCUUGAGGCAGAUCUUGCAAAGAUUGAAUCAGCACGGUUUCCAGGCCGGACUAUAUCGUGGAUGUUGAAGGAUACGGAUAUACAUCGUAGUCUUGAGAGGCUGUCUCGUCUCAAGCAGACUUUGCAGCUUUUCCUGGAGACGAAUCAUACUUCUCUACUCCUUGAUCUGCGCAUGCAGUCAGUCUCUAUUAUAUCCUCGGUUGAAGAUGCAAAAACAGAGCAGCAAUAUCGGUUAGUUGCCGAGUGGCUGGGCCCAGCCUUCGGGUCCUCAAUCUGCGAGAACGCACAAAGGGCAAGGGCCGCCGGUACAUGUAGCUGGUUCUUGGCUGGCACGAAGUUCGCUGCGUGGAAGAAAGACACCUGUUCUUCGCUAUGGCUGCACGGUACUCCUGGCUCUGGCAAGACCAUCCUUUGCUCCGCAGCCAUCGAAACGCUAACAGUAGAAUAUCACAACGACCCUGACAAAGUUGUGCUCCACUAUUUCUUCGAGAUCGCAGCUCGUGAAGGAAAUGCUACCAACAGCUUUCUUUGCUCUCUAUUGUCUCAAGUUCUGCUCUACGAAAAGACCAUUCAUGUCGCGGUACAGGCAAUGUAUACGAACAGUCACCAAGGCGCUCAGAGACCGAGCAACAAGGCUUUACUGAGCGCUUUACGUGCAAUCCUCAAACAGCGACAGCAUGUUGCUUUGGUCAUUGACGGUGUCGAUGAAUGCAACGACCGCUGUGACCUAUUAGAGGUCCUGAAGCAAAUCCGAGACUGGAGUCUACCAAGUCUCCAUCUCCUGGUAGCGAGUCGCUUCGAGAGAGAUAUCGAAGACGCCUUAAGUCCCGUGCCCCAGGUCCGUGUCGUGGGCCAAAAACACACCCAGGAUAUUCGGCAGUACGUCGAGCAACGUGUCGCGACUGAGCCGUCUUUCAAGAAAUGGUCGACUGGGAAGAGAACCGAAAUCAGCGAACAUGUUGUGACUAAAGCUGGCGAUAUGUUUCGUCUUGCUGUCCUGCACCUUGAUGAUUUGCAAUCCUGCAGAAAUCUAAGGUCUCUGGAGCAGAAGCUUAGCGUGCUACCGACUACACUGGAUGGAACGUAUGCUCAAAUGCUCAAAGAGGUUCCUUCUGAGUGUGCUACGGAAGUCUCGCGGAUCCUGCGUUGGGUUUGUUUUGCCCUCCGACCACCUACGCUGCGAGAGCUUGCCGAAGUCGUCGCCAUUGACACUGAGAUGCUGGAGUACGAUGAACUGCAAAAAUAUGAGGAUCCGGGGGAUGUUCUCGGCGUGUGCAAUAAUCUACUGACAUGUUUUGCGGACGAUGGGUAUGUGGUCAAGUUUGCACACGCGUCAGUCAGGGACUAUCUCACCUCGAGGCGGCUCCUUGAAAGCGAGUUGAGCCAUUUCUUUCUGGAUCCUCUGGAAUCCAAUGCUACUUUGUGUGUGGCCUGUCUGACCUACUUAGGUACCCACAACUACAGCAGCCGAGCAGAGGCCCGUCUAAACUAUGUGGAGCAUUCAUUGAUCAACUACACAACAAGCUUUUGGGCCGAGCAUCUGCAACGUGCCGGGAAUGACGCUGCAGCUUUGAAGUUGGCUUCCGAGCUUCUUUUCGACCCAAACUCAAAAUUCGUGGAGUGGGCGUGGAUUGGGAGUUUCCUACCCUCGGGCUUCUACUACGAGUUGCCAACCGGAGACCUGGAUAAUCCCUCUGUCAGAGCUAACAUGCUCCUCUAUUUUGCGACGUUUACUAGUAACAUCGAACUCAUCGAUGCGGCGCUUGAGCUGGGCCCGAACAUCAAUGGGAAUGUGGGCGACUGUGGUACUUGCUUGAUAGCGGCGGUCAGAAGAGCAGAUAUCGCAACUACCAAGUACUUACUGGGUCAAGGGGCGGACGUCGAUCACCAGGUUGACUCGUACGAAGAUGCGCUUACUACUGCAUCCUAUCUCGGAUACGACGAUAUGGUCGUGCUACUUUUGUCGUCUGGUGCCAAAGUCAAUUUACCACGAAGAGGACGAUAUCCAACCUCCCUCGUUGCAGCGGUAUGGUCCCCUGACAGGUCAAUUCGAACAAUCACUCUUCUCCUGGAGGCUGGAGCUGAUACCUCAGGCCAGCAUGAGCUUAUCCAUUCACCAUUGAAUCUGGCAAUAGCCGCUAAGGAUAACGAAGUCAUACGAUUACUUCUUAACGCCGGUGCAAACGCUGACCAAGGGGCUUUAUCCAUCGCGCUCAGAUAUGGGGACCUGUCUCUAGCGUCCACCUUGAUCAGCCAAGGUGCAACACUCCAUACCAAAUAUGGCUCAUACGAAGCGCCCAUCCGCGCAGCUGUAGCCCACGGCGUCUCGGCUAUAGAGUUUCUCGUCAAGCAAUCGGGGGUUGACUUGCUUGCACAAGACGAAGAAGGCAGAACUGCACUCCACUUCGCUGCAUCGUAUGGGAGUGAGGAAACUAUCACCUACCUCCUCCAAUCCGGCCUCAACGUCAAUCAGAAAGAUAAAAAGGGCUGGACCGCAGUCCACUUCGCAGCCUCUUCAUAUACCUCGGAGAAUCUGGAGCUACUGCUACCACAUUGGGAGCUCGACGCAUCUGGGUGGAACCCGUUGCACCUAGCCUGCCGAUUUAACGAGCCAGACGCCCUUGACCUACUCCUCGAAGCUGGUCUCUCACCUUCGACCAUCACCACAGAGUACCCUGCCCGCCACUGGACUCUAUACGACAUCGCCGCGUUGCACCAAAACUCAAAACUCCUUACUACAUCGGGCCUCAUUCUGCAUGAGGCACUGGAAACCCCGGACUCCGACAGUAAUGAAGAGCAUCUGCAGUUGUCUUUUCUCGGGAGGCACUGUGACGGAUGCCAGAAUGAAGGAGAUCCGGGCGCUCUGCAGAUGUACGGUCCCGUGUAUCAUUGCAGCGUGUGCCCCAACUUCGACUACUGUUUCAUAUGCAGGGCUACUGCUGAGCUGACGCAUCCACAUUCAUCAUGGGAAGUAAUAGAGGAGCUUCCUGUGGCUUCAUCCCCGGAGCAGACCUCGCGAAUCAUGAGUAAGGCGACGGAAUACUCGCCGUUGUAUUUAGAUCCACUUCACCCGUCGCAUUGGAGUCGAGGCACGUGAAAUGGGCUCAAAUAAUAGCAGGAUAUAAGACCGAGGCCGCCAGUAGAGCAAAGCUAUAGCAAACA